UCUCUGCUGCAAGCUGUAAACAGGACCGCCAAGCUACAUAGGAGCGUGGUUUUAAACAGGCUGUCGGAGCCGUCUUACAACAGUAACACAGCCCACUGUUAAAGGAACAUGGAAGACGAUACACUAACGACGCUGAAAAUACUGAUAAUAGGAGAAAGUGGUGUUGGGAAGUCCAGCCUCCUCUUGAGAUUCACAGAUGACACAUUUGACCCAGAGCAAGCAGCAACAAUAGGUGUUGACUUCAAAGUGAAGACCAUCACUGUGGACGGAAACAAGGCAAAGCUGGCAAUAUGGGACACUGCAGGACAGGAGCGCUUCCGAACCCUGACGCCUAGUUACUACCGCGGUGCCCAGGGAGUCAUCCUGGUGUAUGAUGUCACACGCCGGGAAACCUUUGCCAAGCUCGACAACUGGCUCAAUGAGCUCGAGACGUACUGUACACGGAACGACCUCGUCAAAAUGCUUGUGGGAAAUAAAAUUGAUAAGGAAAACCACGAGCUAGACAGGGCCGAAGGGCUGAAGUUUGCAAGAAAACAUUCCACGCUUUUUAUAGAGGCGAGCGCUAAGACCAGGGACGGCGUUCAGUGUGCAUUCGAGGAGCUGGUGGAGAAGAUCAUCCAGACUCCCGGCUUAUGGCAGACUGAGACCCACGGCCGAGGGGUCCAGCUCACCGACGAGGACGCGGGAGCCGGAAGCUGCGGCGGCUACUGCUCCCUGGUCUAGACGACACACACAAAUACAUUCUCACACACACAUGUAUUCAAACAUACAUGUAUUAACACGGAGUGCCACACAAGAAUAUACACACAAACAGACAAACAAACUUGCCAUCCCCCCUUCCUUCUGUGUGCUGUCCUUAACUGAGCACCCUCCUCAGACAUGAAGGCAGUGGAGGGUUGACCACACACACACACACACACACACACACACACACACACACACACACACACACACACACACACUACAUGUGUUCACACAGACACUACUUUUUGCACACUUUCUAAUAACAACGCUGCACUUAAACGCCAAUGCAGCUCAGCCUUCCUCUUAAUGGAAUAUGAGUGAGUAUUCCCUCAACUCUUUUUUUGUUUUGAGUUACAGUUUUUUGCAGUUUGGGGUUCCUUGGUCAGAAUUUUAAACAUUCAUAUGAAGGGAGUCCAAAAGUAUAAACCAAAGCUUGUCAGGCACAUGGCCAGAGUCUGAAGUAUGAUAAUGAGAAUGGAAAACCAGUUUUGACCAAGGGUUCUCCCUCGUCUCCAGCAUGCUUAUUGUCCUCGGAGCACCUUGCCUUAGUGAGCACAUCUGUAUCAACACAGGGCCGACAUUUACUCCGUCUUUCGUCUUUCUUGUGCUUGAAGAGCCCCCCCCGACUCUAUGAACAUUAUGCUGCUUAUGGAGAAGCUUAUCAAGCCAAGCCGUCUUGUUUUCCAUCUCACCACUCUCAGUCAAAGGCUUGGAUCAUGUGUCUCUGUUGUCCACACAACCGCCUCAUUUCUUCAGAGUAUAAUAGAGUUACCAACUGUCUGGAAUGACGUUUUACUACUUUUAUUGACUUGGACUUCAAACUUUUGGUGUGUUUUGAAGAGUGCAUAAAUCACAGAGAUUGGCACUAGCAAGCUUUCCACUGGGUGCCGAAGAAGAGGGAACCUCUUAAAAUUGCACGCCUUUAUAGUAACGAGUAGUUUUAAUGGAGUGCGACCUACUGGCACUCCCUCACUCAGACAGAUAAUAUCAGUAAUAACACAAGCACUACUAUGGUUUUUCAUAAAGAUCCCUUUGACUGGACAGAGACAAAGGAAAAGUGUUCAAUAUUAGACAGUGCAGUGAGUCAUAAGGGUGUUUCCAUUUGAAUUUGGAAAAUCAAAGAAAAAGCCUUGUGCUCCACAUUGCUAAUGGAUUUCACAGUACUCCUAUCUCUGUAUUUGUAUCCAAGAAGCAGUUAUAAAUGUACUGUACCCCUGACCUCUGACCGUGUUUGUAAUAUUCGAGUGCUGGUUUGUGUUCUGGGAAAUGUCGUUCUGAGAGUUUGAUCUUAUAACAGGGAUGGUGAAAAUGACAUGGAUUCAAGCAUGUCUUGAAUUUUUUUUUUUUAAUCUCUUUUUAAUUGCAUGGGAAACUUUGCGUGCCAUUUAUUUGUGUUUGUUUGUCCAGUUAAAGGCCAUUCACUUUAACACAUUAACUUAUAAUUAGCUGAAAAUAAAACAUUGCAUACCAUAUGAAUUUAAUGGUAUAGUUAAACAAAAAGGAAGUAGGCUUUUACUUAUUUAACUAGUCUAGCUUUCUUUUCUAUCUUCAGAAAUACGUUGAAACGUGUACCUUGUAAAUUGUGUGUAUUUUAGGGAUUUGGUGGGAGAAUUCCUGUAUGAAUUGUAAAGCUGAAUGUAAACAUAUUUCACAACAAACCGCCCUAUGUAUGAAACUAAAUAAAAUUCUUUUUUA